AUGGCUUCCUCACCAAUCUUCUCUUCCAUGUCCUUAUUUUCCCUCCUCGUCCUCCAAGUAAUGACCAGCCAAACCACUAGCACUAACGUCUGUCCGAUCGGAAGAUGUUCGCUGAGCGGACCCGACAUUCGCUUCCCGUUCCGAAUUAGGGAAGUCCAGGGCGAAUGCUGCGGGUACGAGGGGUUUGAAGUCUCGUGCGACGACCGAAACCGGACGAUACUCCGUUUGUCCAAAGCGGGGGACUUCGUUGUGGACAACAUUGAUUACGCUGGCCAAUACAUCCUGCUGAAGGACCCGAACGAUUGCCUCCCGAAGCGGCUUCUUAAGGACCAGUUCAAGAUCUCGUCCUCGCCCUUCGUAGCCUUGGACUACAAGUACUUCGUGCUCACGAACUGCUCAUCCGAGAAUUCCUCCGUGAUCGGGCUGGAGAGCAGCAUCAUGCGACUCGACUGCCUCAGCCUGGCUUACAACGUCACGGUCGUCGUGCUCUCAGAUUAUUUCUUCACCAGGCCGUGGAUGUUGCAGCAGCAAUGCCACAUGUGGAAUAUCUCGAGCCCUUGGCGGGGGCAACAUCCGACGAACAUAAACGAAAGCAUUUGGUUGAGAUGGCUUCAACCCGAUUGCCGGUCGUGCGAAGCGGCCAAGGGGAGAUGCCGGCUCAAGGAUUCUACGUCAGGCUCGGAGCUUACAUGCAUACGCAAACCCGGCUUAUGGAUGGUUGCCCGGUACGCCAUGGCUUCGCUCUUCUUGUUACCAUGGUUCAUGUGCGUCUUUGGAUUCAUAUGGUUCUUAAAGGUUCGGGUCUUCGUUCGUCGGGGUCUUGAUCAAAUUAGCUUCGCUCCACCAAAUGACGUCAACGAGGAAGCUGCGGAAGUGGCCCGGCGCAAUGCCAUUGGUGUGAUGGGCAUCGACUCAGCCACCAUCAAAUCUUAUCCGAAGGCUCAAAUCGACGACCUAGGACAAUUGCCUCGGCCUAGCGAUGAUAUUUGUACGAUUUGCUUGUCAAAAUAUGAGCAGAACGAGACGAUCCGAACUAUUCCCGAUUGCGAACAUUACUUCCACGCGUACUGCAUCGACCGGUGGCUUCGGAAGAAUGCUUCUUGCCCCUUGUGCCGCAAUUACAAAGUGUAA